AUGAUUGACAGAGGAAUGGGAUUUCCCGCCGAUGGUGUCGACAAUCAUGGCUGGAAGUUGUACAUCACAUCCCUGGUAAUGAUCAUUUCAUCCGGGUUAUUCGUCGUUGCGAGAUGCAUUGCGCGGUACUCAAUACACAAGCUUGGAUCAGAUGACGUUGCCAUUAUUGUUUCUCUUAUAUCGUCAGUUCUUCUAUCGACGUACAUACAGCUUGCGAUACACCAUGGCUACGGAAUGCACAAAGACGAUCUCGAAAAGCCCGAUCUUCGAAUGGCGUUGAAAAUGUUCUUCAUCGCUCAGACACCAUACAAAGCAACCGUCUGCCUCAACAAAGUCGCUGCAAUUCUAUUGUAUCUACGACUUUUUGUUACAAAGUCGUUUCGUGUUUGGUCGUACGUUGUGCUGGGAGUUGUGGUUGGAUACAGCAUCGGUGGUAUCGCUGCGACAAUUUGGCAAUGCGUCCCUAUCAAGGGCGCAUGGGACAAGUCAGUCGAUGCAAAGUGUAUCGACUCGAAUAAGUUCUGGGUGGCCUACGCUGUUCUCAACAUUUUGACGGAUGUCAUGGUUUUGGCCCUUCCUAUUUCGCCCAUCAUGCGACUCCAAACGAGCAUGCGAGAGAAACUACUGCUUUGUUGCAUCUUCCUUCUCGGUAGUUUUGUCACCAUCACAUCAAUCCUCCGAGUAACUUCGGUAUCAAACUCUCUCAAGAACAAGAAAGACAUGACGUGGAACUUCAUCGAUCGCGGGAUAUGGACUCUUAUUGAAGCUAAUCUCGGCAUUAUUGCUGCAUGUCUACCGGUACUGAGACAGCCCAUGGGCAAACUCUUCCCUCGGAUCUUUGGAUCAACCAAAAAGAGUUCUUUAUACUAUACGGGACCGGGUAGCCACGCAAAGGGUUACAACUUGUCAAAUAUAGCUGCUAGAAGCCCACGUCCAGCGAGCCGGGACAGUGACGAGCGAUGUAUCAUCACUGAGUCAGUCAAAGGUAGGGAUAUUGGAAGUGAACUGGCUACUCAUAAGCCUGGUCGAAGUAGAUAG